AUGGGUCAUACGUCACAAUUUCAGCCAGGUACAAGAAAAAUUAAAAUAUAUCUUUCACAGGGUUGGUUUUCUGACUCUUUCAUAGGGCAUCAAGUCCCCAUUCACCAUCAGGAAAAGCCAGGAUGGCAGCAUAUGAUGCUUGAUCCGAAACCAGUCUCUGAUCAGCUCCCAACCGAUGAUGGCGGCUAUCAGCCGUACAAACCAGCAGGGAAAUUAAAAGACAGGCGUGCUGUGAUAACUGGGGGUGAUUCUGGAAUUGGGAGAGCUACUGCCAUUCUUUACGCAAUGGAAGGCGCAUCAAGCCUUAUUACCUAUCUUCCAGUCGAAGAAAAAGACGCUCAAGAAACCAAGAAGAAAGUCGAAGAGUAUGGCAGUAAAUGCUACCUCUUCCCAAUAGAUCUGCGCACAAGGGAGAAUUGCAAGGCCGUCAUUGAUAAAGCUGUCGAAUGUCUUGGCGGAAUUGACAUCUUGGUGAACAAUGCUGCUUUUCAAAACAUGAUACAGGAUAUAUCAGAUCUUUCUGAGGAACAGUGGGAAAAUACCUUUAAUACGAACAUACAUCCUUACUUCUACCUGGCAAAAUAUGCAAUGCCGCAUCUCAAAAGGGGUUCCACGAUCAUCAACUGCGCAUCAGUGAAUCAUUUCAUUGGAAGGGGUGACCUACUUGAUUACACGUCCACAAAGGGGGCCAUUGUUGCAUUCACUCGGGCAUUAUCAAAUCAGCAAAUUGGCAAAGGUAUUAGAGUGAAUUGUGUUUGUCCUGGUCCGAUAUGGACACCGUUGAUACCUUCCACAAUGGAAACAAAGGCGCUUGAACAAUUCAGUGAGGUGCCGAUGGGACGCCCAGGGCAGCCAAGUGAAGUAGCUACUUGUUUUGUAUUCCUAGCCAGUCCCGACAGCAGUUACAUAUCUGGGCAGUGCCUACACCCUAACGGUGGUGUGGUCGUGGGUAGUUAA